UUCUAAAAAACACAUUAUCUCCUGUCAUAUUUUUUCGGUAAAAAGACACCGCGAAAGUUCCUGCUGUGGACUUUUUCAGGCUGAACACCAGAAGAGGUACCAGACCGCUUUUUUAAACCCCUGCGCACGAUGAGCAUCCCUAUCUUUUUUUCACAUGGAAGUCUCCCUACCUCCCCCCGCUCCGGUUCUCUAGGCACGUUCACAAACCGUCAUUGAACUUGACCACAUGUGCACAUUUCAACCAAUCAGAAGUCUCUGGUUUUGUCCAGACCGACAGGCAUUUGUUCACUGGGGCUGACCGAAAACACGCGGGCUUGACUGAAUUUUCCCGCCCUUCUUUCUUUAGGGUCUUUUGAGUCAAGUACUUCUAUUUUGUUACGGUGUUCCUUGUAAAUUUAUACGUGCCUUUUCGAUUCAUUAUUUUUUUUUUUUGGACCAUUUCCAACACACUGUAUCCUUUUCUCACGCUCCUUAUUGAACAAUUCUCACGGCUUUCUGCACAUGAGGCUCUGAUAGAACUUCAUUAACAAACCUUUGGAGAUUUCUCGGGACAUGCGAUAUCCAUUUGAAGCGUAAACCGUGAACAAAUUAUUCACUGACUUCAGUCACUGCAUUUGCAUGAGACGUGGAUUAAUCUGCCCUCUUUGCUCUCGCGCUAUAGUAACACAGUACUUUACGACAUCGUUAAUUACCGUCGUCAAGACUAGAUCGGAUCUGAAAGUUCUUCUCUAGUCUGUGAUCUGCUAGUCUUGGAAUAAUGACUAUGAAAUCUAUAUGCAGCGAUUCGCAGUACAGAGAGAUACUCGAAACACCUCUCUUGACCCAAGUCGAUACUGACGGUCUGGUAAUUCACUGAUCUGAUGAUUAUCACAAGUGGUCCGGCGACGCAUUAGUGACGGUGACAGCUUCAAUACAGCAUAUUUCAUUACUUUGGAUAAAUGCCCAGGUCAAAAGACAGAGUGCAAGACGAGGCGUGUCAGACGAAACUUUGGCCAUAGUCACAACAAAAGAUCGAUCCUGUCCUGAUCAUUUUACGAAGUAGCAAACAAUAACUGAAAGAAUCGCGACAAACCUCCGAGAAGGACUGUGUCUUGUGUCUGUAGCUGGCAAUAGCCGAGUAUUGAAGCGCUAUACCGAAGGUGACUCAAGUGUCCUCAAGUUCUCGUGCAAUGUUUUACUGGACAAAACAUCACGGAGAACACAACAGGGUGCCUUAGACUUAUCAAGCCUUGAAGGACGAUUCCCGAAAUCUGAGGUCCGUCGUAGAGCAACGCUGAAGUCUUACAAGCUACAUGUAAGCGAUAUUCAUGGAGAACUUCACCGCGGGAUAUUCUCAUCCAUCCAAUCUCUUGCCACAUGACGAUAUUGACAAUAACAAGAACUACAACAAUAGCAGCUGCAACAACAACAACAACAACAACGAGAUGAAAGGAGUGACAAAAUCUCUUUUAACCGAUGCGUUUUUUCAAAACGUUCUGGGAUUUAGGGGAACAGUGGUUUCGUGGCAAACUUUUGAGAUACCUUUACAGAAGAUUGGCCUAACAGCAACAUGUAAGGCGGCACAGAAUGAUGAACGAAUUAUCGGCCUCAGAGGUUUUGAAAUCAAAUACACACCAAGCUGCGGAGAGCCUGCAACCAAAACACUGCGUGUGGUGGCGAAGUGUAAACCGCUGGCCGACAGGUUCGUUGAUAUCUUUGGAGACUGGAUCAAACAACAAACCGGAGAUGUUCGCCAAUACGCCGAGAUGUUCCGACAUGUGUCGUACUUCAGGAAGUCGGAUGUGAGAGAGCUAAAAGUGAUGAAAACACGUGACCAAAGAUUUACGGACAUUGCACCAAAAGUUUACCACACCAUCUGCAUUCCUUCUAAGGAGGUUUUUGUUAUAGUUAUGGAAGAGCUUACAGGUCAUGUGACACACUUCAACACCAUUGAUAAUGCGCCAGAGGUCUGGGACCAAGAUGAUAUAAAGGUUAUAUUGCGAGAUAUUGCCCGUUUUCACAGUAUCUACCUUGAUGACGUAGCUCGCCUCUUAUCAGAGCCGUGGAUGUGUGUGUACAGCGGCAAUGUUAUGAAGGCACUCUCGGGAUUUUGGCGCGCGCUUUUGCAUCAGAAUCACGCGUCAUUUCCUGAUCUUUGGACAACGGCAAGGACGAGACUUUUGAACAGCUUUAUUGACAACCUAGAUCACGUGUGGCAAGUGAUCGAAUCUUUUCCACGGACUCUAGUUCACUACGACUUCACUCCAAGAAACGCUUGUAUCCGCAAGCGAGAGAUAACUAUGAAUGAUAAACAAAGCGAAUUCAUCACAGAAAGCAAAUUACGUCGAGUGUCCUGUGUGUACGAUUGGGAAAUGGCGACAAUUCAUGCGCCUCAACAUGACGUGGUUGAAUUUCUUGCAUUUGUGCUUCCUGCCAAAAGUGACGUCACGACCCGUACGAACUUUGUCCGGUUUUAUCAGGAACAACUGGAAAAAUUCAGCGGCAGAAAUUUCGACUCUGAACAGUUCAUGGAAGUCUUUAACGCUGUCUCUUGUGUUUAUGCUUUGCAUCAAUUGUCUUUAAAGACCAUCACACACUCGGUUACACGACUACCGUACUUUGAGAGAGCUGUGCAAUCACACAUGGGGUUUUUGGAGGACUUGGAAGCAAUGGGCCGGCUUGAGUUCCUUAAUGUUGAGCCCCGUUAAGGACUGCUUCCUUGCUUUUAAAAGAAAUCAAACACCAUUAAGUCAUUUAAACUAGUGUAGACUAUAUAAUUACAAAAUGAAAAUUUUGUAUCAAAUAACGAAAACUUUUGCAGAAAGCUAUUAUUGGAGGAAGCUAGUCUCUUGUAGGAAGUCAGAGGAACAACUCAGCACUCGUUCUAAACAAACUCUGUAUAAUUUCUCUGUGCGUUCCCACGCAACGACAACAGCAACAAUUUACGUCUUUCUUUGUUUACCGGUAUAUGGGUUAUGUUGUUAGAUUUAAAUAGCUGUGACGGAACCGGAAAGCUGGGAAGUGGCCAGUAUUUCAACCCACAGCUAUUAUAAUUGAGCACUUCCGUUCAUAUCCUCUCUAAUAUUCCACCUCCCUCUUGCAAAGAAAAAGAACCGUUGCAUGUAAAUAAGUUAAUUUAUAGGGCAAACCACGUUUACAAGAUUCGACGAAGCAGUUUCUUCUUUUCUUGUAGUUCACCUUUUUCAUGUAAACUCAGUUUAAUUUUUAAUGUUAAAGCAUUGAUUGACCCAAAUUUGCCUAGAUGCUGUAGCAAGCACGAUUAUGCAGUCCCUUCAUGACUAAUUUUUACCGCCAGCUACAGCCGGCCGGUGCGGGUUGUUCGAAAGCCGGUCAACGCUAAACAAAGGUUAAAAGUAGACCUGAGCAUUACUUUCUCUAUUAUAAAAGAUGUUUUUCACUGCGUAUGUUUUGUAUAGGUUGAGAUUCAAACGCAAAACAGAGGGAAUGAUCAACGUAAAUAGACCGCCAACCUCACCGAAGAGUUACAAAACUGAACUGAAAACUCUUGCUAAUCCUGGGUGAACAACCCGGUCCCGGCGCAGUAGACUCGUUUCUUAAAGGAAAACAAUGGUUAUUGUUUGCUGGGUUGGGAAAACUGGCAUCAUGACGUCAUCCUUGCAUAGUUAGAGAAAAGACUUUACUCUUCUCAAUCUGUAACCAAACUGGCAUAUAAUUCAUAAAAGGCCACCCAUAUAUAGUCGCCCUGUAACGACUAUAUGUGUCCUACCAUGAAGUUCUGCCACCAAACUAGUCCAGUUCUGGUCCUCUCUCUGUUACGCACCGCUACGCAAAAACCAAAAAAGAAGAGGGAAAAAAAAAAAAACAGAAAA